GGUGUCAUAUCAGGUUAUUGAAAUUAAAUAUAUGGGACUGUGUCUGUCAGUCAGUAACCAAAAAGUUGGACAGUAAGUUUUUGACAGAUGGCUGGGUGGCGUGUUCUUCAUUUAUUAGCGCACGUUACACGUUUACACACACUAUUUCGCGAAGAUGUUCCUGUUUGUGCAGUUGUGUCUUUUCUUCUUCCCACUCUCAUCUGAUGCCGCCUCCGUCGAAAUGAUGCCGAUCAAAGCGCCGAUGAAUGAGUCUGACUUUCACAUCCAGUUGCUUGAGGUAGUAGAAAGGGAAAAAGAGAAAUACCUUCAUAGUCUGGGAAUUUCUAACAUUCCGUCGUUCGCUAACGUCACCGUUCCUGCGUAUAUGGACCAUCUGUGGGAGUUGGCGAACUCGGCAAACGCGACACGGUGUUCGGAGAAUGAGACAGAGAGCAAGAGUGGUGCGUGUAGAGACGCGGAGAAGGCACGGCAUGUUGCUAUGGUUGUUGGUCUUAGUAAUAGAGAUUAUAGUGAUGAAGCUACGGAUUUUAGAGAGCGUCUGCGGUUCCAUACGCCGUCUAUUGUCUCAAGGAGUGAUGUGUCCAGCGCUGAAUUGCGAGUGUUUAGGUGCGGCUCCUUAGCCGGAAGUGGAGUGGAUCAUUGGGCUGUGUUUGAUGUGAGUGGAGCUGCACAAGAGUGGGUGAAGCACCCAAAAGGACAGUUUGAACUUGAAUUACACGUUGAGUUGACUAACAAGACGAGAGUUACACCAGCAUCAGUUGGAUUGAAGAAAUAUUCAAACAACUCAGAGACAGGAACUAUAGUUGUUGUGUUUCAGAAUGGCGUUGAAAAGGAAGAGUUGGGGUCUUUGAAAAUAAAGAGAUCGCAAUCGGAAUGGCAGAAUUAUAUCGAGGACAAUCUGUCUGAGGUGUGGUAUAGAACAAGGAAUCAUAUGAUGAGGAAAGACAAGAUAUGUCAGUUACGGGAGUUUUACAUUGAUUUCAGAUUACUCAAAUGGAAUAACAUUAUUCGUCCUCUUGGUUACCAAGCUUGUGUUUGUUCAGGAAUGUGUCCGUUUACGUUGAGUAAUAACAUGAAUGCUUCUCAUCAUGCAAGGAUUCAGAAUAUUAUGCAUCACAAUUAUCCGGAUGUUUAUCCUCCUGUUGCUUGUGUUCCAGUAGAUCUCACUCAUCUCAUGGUUCUUUAUCAUGAUCAGAAUGGUGACGUUAAACUACGUCGACUGCCAGGCAUGAUUGCUACGAGCUGUGGCUGCCAGUAAGAUGAAAUUCAAUGGAAACGAUAGAAGAACAAGUCUUACAUGAUCUAGAAACUGACAUACUGACAUCAAAGGAAUUCUCUAUAGUUAUAGACAGAUAUUGCUAUUUGUUUCUAGAAUAGUUUUUAGAGCAGUUUAUAGUUCAUGUAGCUUUUCUUAUCAUAUUAGUGCUAGAUUGUUGUAAACUAGAGCUUUAUAAAUGCAGCAUCUAACAACAGAUACUCA